AUGCCCAGUAAGCAGCAGUCCAUGAAUACUGAGUUGGAUAGCUUCGUUCAGAAGAAAUCCUUCGCCCAAAACAUGAUGGAUAUUGCGCUGCUAUCGGCGAACACGAACCAGCUGCGGUACGUGGUAGACCUGGGUGAUAAGCAUCCCUACUAUCUGACAAGUUUGGUGCUGAUAUCCGCCAGCCUGGUGAUGCAGGUCAUCGUUGGGCUGACCAUGCUGUACCUGAACAGGUACAACAUGAAAAAUAAGACCGAAAUGUCGAAAGCGUCCCACAUGAACAACAUAUCGGUGGCUGGUGUAUUCCUAGUGACGCUGGUCAAUGUGUUCAUUUCCACGUUCAACGGGUCAGGAACCAAUUUUGACCGAUAUCCGGAAAAUUGCAUUACGAUAGCACCACCCGUGAUACCACCCACAAGCGAGCCUGUUAAUUGA